UUUGCUCAAUAGUUGGAAAUGCGCCAACUAAUAAUUUUUAUCUACAAACUUUCACCUACAGAUAUGACCUUCGUGAUAAAGUUUCCAAAAAGCAAACAUUUCGGGAGAUAGAACUCAAACAUGAACGAAGACGGUUCUCUGUACGCCGAAACGUGCGAUUUUCAAAAACAAGAUGCUAGUUGCAUUCUAGACAUGUAUAGUCGGUUGUUAAAGUGGGGUGAUGGUGACCAUGUAAUGGAUGUGGGUGCAGGCGAAGGGUCUGUCAGUUUGGAGGUCCUUUUACCGAAACUACCAACAAACUUCAAGGAACUUGUCCUGGCUGACGUAUCUUCGAAAUUAUUAGACUUUGCUAGGGAGAGAUGCGACGACGAAAGGGUCAACUAUCGCCAGAUGGACAUAUCGUCAAGGACCAUUCCCGACGAGUUUCGUCAACAUUUUGACCACAUUUUUUCCUUCUAUUGUUUAAAUUGGGUCGUGGGUGUUGACGAGAAUAAGCGAGCAAUGAAAAACAUCUUCGAUAUGUUGAAACCCGGAGGCGACAUACUUUUUACUAUCAUCUCGAGCACUCCGAUUUACGACUUUUGGGAAAACAUGGCCAAAAGCAAGAGGUGGGAAAACUAUUCUAACAACGUAAACAACCUGAUUUCGCCCUACCACCACUUGAACAAUUCCGCUGAAACGUUAAGACGGUAUUUAGAGGACGCUGGGUUUAUAAUCGAUGUGUGUCAAUCUCAAAAUUGUUGCUUCACGUUUGCGACAUUUUUGAAGUUUUUGAAAAUGGCAUUGUCGGUAAAUCCGUUUUUCCAGUCCCUUCCAAAAGACCGCCGUGCGAAAUUUAUCGACGACCACGCCGAAGAGAUCAGGAAACAUCCCAAGAUCGCCAUUUUUCAAGAUGGCGCCGGAAACGAGGCGCUUCAGCUGUCGUACAAAAUUCUUGUCGCUUGUGCUUCGAAACCAUUGAAUACUGUAUAAACUAGUAUUAUAUAAACUUGUAUCAAGAUCGUAAUAAAUUAACCGUUCUCAA